AGAGUUUUUUUUUCCACUCAGGUGUUCGUGGCGGUUCCCACCGCAGGAUCAACUCUCACCUCUGACUCACACCCGCACACACUGACUGCAGCCCGACGGACAAUCGAACCGCCACACCGGUGCUCGGGCUGUGUGAGAAUCGUGAGCUGGGGCUAGCUGUGAGGCUAGCGCAGUGUUAGCAGAGCCACAGCGGGGCGAAGGCUCGGUGCCGCCGGCAGAAGGAGCAGCAUGGGCGCCGGGAACCACAGCCAGGCGCUGGCGGAGAAGCCAGCGACCCGGAGUCAGAACGAAGUCAACAGGAAGUUGAAGUACGCCAGUUUGGCUGUGCUGGUCAUCCAGAACGCCUCACUCAUCCUCAGCAUCAGAUAUGUCCGCACGUUGCCUGGCGACCGUUUCUUCACCACGUCGGCGGUGGUCAUGGCCGAAGUCCUGAAGGUCCUGACGUGUGUGAUCAUCAUCCUGCUAGAGAAGAGACUGAACGUGAAGGAGACGUCAUUGUUCCUUGUUGACGCCGUGCUGGUCCAGUACAAAGACACUCUGAAGAUGGCGGUGCCGUCGCUCAUCUACACACUGCAGAACAACCUUCAGUACAUCGCCAUCUCUAACCUGCCCGCCGCCAGCUUCCAGGUGACCUAUCAGCUGAAGAUCCUCACCACAGCUCUCUUCAGUGUCCUGAUGCUCAGGAAAACUCUGACCAGAGUCCAGUGGGUUUCACUGCUGCUGCUCUUUGUGGGAGUGGCCAUCGUUCAGGUGCAGCAGGAGGGAAAUAAGGAGUCAUCGGCGUCGGAUGCGUCUAACCAGAACUACGUGGUGGGUCUGGUUGCCGUGGUGAUCAGCUGCCUGUCGUCGGGCUUCGCCGGCGUCUACUUUGAGAAGAUCCUGAAGGGAAGCUCCGCCUCCGUGUGGGUGAGGAACGUGCAGCUGGGGAUCUUCGGCACGUCGCUCGGCAUGCUGGGACUGUGGUGGAACGACGGCGCCGCCGUGGCCGAGCACGGCUUUAUGUUUGGCUACACCAACAUGGUGUGGUGCGUCAUCUUCAACCAGGCGUUCGGCGGCCUCCUGGUGGCCGUGGUGGUGAAGUACGCCGACAACAUCCUGAAGGGCUUCGCCACGUCCUUCUCCAUCAUCGUCUCCACGGUGAUGUCCAUCUAUCUGUUCGCCUUCCACGUGGACCUGCUGUUUACGGCGGGGGCGGGGCUUGUCAUUGGGGCAGUCUACAUGUACAGUCUCCCUAAAGCACCUGGUGGUGGCAGUGACUCCUCCUCCUCCUCCUCCCCCCCCUCCUCCUCUUCCACAGUAGCGAGUGCAAAAGGAGGCGACGAGCUGGAGGCGUUUCUGCCAAAGUGUGCGGGUAAGCAGAAAGGCUCCUGAUUGGUCAGCUGCUGGCCCUCAAACUGCUGAUGUCAUCACGUUUGGCUCCUCCUCCUCUGGCUGUUACUGGAACAUGACGGCCAUGGCCGUCAAUCACAUGACGCUAACGGUACGCAAAAUAAACUUAAACAAACACCGUGGAAGACGAUGCAACAAACAAGAAAUUACAAGAUGUUACACUAAUAAUAAUGAUGAUAAUAAUAAUAAUGUUAAUAUUAAUGAUAAUGAAAAACACUUUGAGAAAUCCUGAAUUAAACAUUUUAACAUUUGAUUCAUUAGAUUUUAUUUUAACAUG